CAUCCCCCUCCCAUUCCUCCCCUCCACGCGCAUUCUCUCGACCCAAUCCCCCCUUAUCACAAUGCCCGGGUCAGAGAAAAUCACCAUCUCCAUUGACCGCGGGGGCACCUUCACUGACGUCCACGCCAUCGUCCCCGGUCUUCCUGACAUCAUCCUCAAGCUUCUUUCCGUCGACCCCGGCCACUACCAGGAUGCCCCCACCGAGGGUAUUCGCCAGAUUCUCGAGCUCGUCACAGGCGAGUCACAUCCCCGUGGUAAGCCGCUGAAGCUCGAUCGGAUUGGCAGUCUGCGUAUGGGAACGACAGUAGCGACGAAUGCUCUGCUCGAGCGGAAGGGCGCCCGCUCGGUUCUCCUCACCACCAAGGGGUUCCGCGAUCUGCUUAAGAUUGGCGAUCAGUCCCGCCCGAAUAUUUUCGAUCUGUCGAUGGCAAGGCCCGGAGUUUUGCCGGAGCAGGUUGUGGAAGUUAAUGAGCGUGUCGUGCCGUGUCAUCCUCUAGCGGACAAGGAUUGCUUCACCGAGGCGCGGAUCGUGGAGGGCACAACGGGGGAGAAGUUCCGGGUGGUAAAAGAGUUGGACGUUGAGGAACUUCGCCCCGUGCUGCAGCGGUUGAAGGAGCAGGGAUAUCAGUCACUGUCUGUUGCGCUGGUCCAUUCGUUUGCGUAUCCCGAGCAUGAACGCCAGAUCGGAGAACUGGCUCAGAGUAUGGGGUUCUCCGUGACGUUGUCUUCGAAGCUUCAGCCCAUGAUCAAGGUCGUUCCUCGCGGCAUGUCUGCCGCUGCGGAUGCGUACCUCACGCCUGUUAUCAAAACAUACAUCGACUCGAUCUCGGAUAGCUUCGAGGGCGGUCUGGAGAAGCAGCACGAGUGCCGGUUCGAGUUCAUGCAGUCCGACGGUGGACUGGUCGACUUUCGCAGAUUCAGCGGGCUGAAGGCGAUUUUGUCUGGACCAGCUGCCGGUGUGGUCGGCUUUGCUGCCACUAGCUGGGAUCCCACCGAGAAGACUCCGGUGAUCGGAUUCGACAUGGGUGGUACUUCGACCGAUGUGUCGCGCUUUGACGGCCACCUUGAGCACGUGUUUGGGUCGAAGGUUGCCGGUGUGCUCAUUCAGUCCCCUCAGCUCGAUAUCAAUACUGUGGCUGCUGGUGGUGGUUCAAUCCUGUCCUGGCGCAACGGCUUGUUCUAUGUCGGACCCGAGUCUGCAUCCGCUCAUCCGGGCCCAGCUUGCUACCGGAAGGGUGGUCCUUUGACGGUCACCGAUGCGAACUUGUUCCUUGGCCGGCUACUGCCGCAGUACUUCCCCCACAUCUUCGGACCGAAUGAGGACCAGCCGCUUGAUCUUGAGGUCACGACGAAUUUGUUCAACGAGUUAACCCAGAAGAUCAACACGGAGAGGAAAGAGAAGGGACAGUCGAAAUUCACUGCUGAGGAGGUUGCGCUCGGGUUCUUGAAGGUUGCCGACGAGUCGAUGGCUCGCCCCAUUCGAAACCUCACCGAAGCUCGUGGCUUUGAAACUGCUUCUCAUCACUUGGCUUGCUUUGGUGGCGCUGGAGGUCAGCAUGCGUGCACCGUCGCAGCCUCCCUUGGAAUCUCCCGCAUCAUCAUUCACAAGUUUUCCUCUGUCCUCUCGGCCUACGGUCUGGCACUGGCUGAGGUCGUCAAGGAAUCGCAGGAGCCGGUCUCCACCGAUUACUCGACCUCUCACUCAACCCUUGAGAAGCGCUUCGACGGCUUGAAGGAGGCGGCGACCGAUGACAUGAAGACCCAGGGCUUCGCUGCUGACCAGGUCCGGCACGAACUGUACCUCAACCUUCGCUACGAGGGCUCGGAUACCAGCCUCAUGAUCCUGAAGCCCGAGGAUGACUCCGACUUCUUGGAGGAAUUCCGCGCCAGGCACCGCAGAGAGUUCGGGUUCAACUCGGACAGACCGGUACUAGUGGAUGACAUUCGUGUGCGAACUAUCGCCAGUUCGAAGGUGCGGGAGGAAAAGAGCCCUCUAGUGCAACUGAGAGAGGCUACCCUCAAAGAUGUGACCAACGGACCGGACGACACCUCCAAGGCUUACUUCGACGGCUACUCGGAACGGAUCGACACCCCCGUCUACCCCCUCAACAAGCUCGACAAGAACACCCGCAUCCAUGGUCCUGCUGUCAUCAUCGACGAGACGCAAACAGUCGUUGUGGCGCCCAAUGCCGUGGCCAGUAUCCUGGAGACUUGCAUUGUCAUCGACCUGAAGGAACUGCCCGGAGACUCUGCAGUCGAGGCGGCGUCAUCGGGAAUUGACCCCAUUCGACUCACCAUCUUCGGUCAUCGCUUCAUGUCAAUUGCCGAGCAGAUGGGCCGCACGCUACAGAAAACAUCGGUGUCGACCAAUAUCAAGGAGCGACUGGACUUCUCUUGCGCCUUGUUCUCUCCCGACGGCGGCCUUGUCGCCAACGCUCCUCACGUUCCGGUACAUCUCGGAUCCAUGCAGUUUGCUGUUCGCUACCAGCACCAGAAAUGGCUUGGUAACCUGAAGGACGGCGACGUGUUGGUUGCCAACCAUCCCAGCUGCGGUGGAACGCACUUGCCUGAUAUCACUGUAAUAACACCUGUUUUUGACAGGCCGGGCGGCACUGAAAUCAUGUUCUACGUUGCCUCCCGCGGUCAUCACGCCGACAUUGGUGGCAUACUUCCCGGAUCGAUGCCCCCCAAGUCCACAGAGCUUUGGCAGGAGGGCGCCGCGAUCGAGGGCGACAAGAUCGUCACCAAUGGCAUCUUUGACGAGGAGCGCAUGAUGGAGCUGUUGGUCCACAAACCCGCCCAGUACCCCGGCUGCUCGGGAGCGCGAUGCGUCAGCGACAACCUCUCCGACCUGAAGGCGCAGAUCGCCGCCAACACCCGGGGGAUUACCCUGAUCCAAGCCCUCUUCGCAGAAUACGGCGUCGAGACGGUGCAGAAGUACAUGUACGCGAUCCAAGUCACCGCCGAGACAGCGGUGCGCAACCUCCUCAAGGACCUCCACAAGAAGUUCGGCGGCCAGCCGUUGGAGGCGGUCGACUACAUGGACGACGGCACCCCCAUCAAGCUGAAAGUCACCAUCAACGGAGACGACGGUUCCGCCACCUUCGACUUUGCCGGCACCGGCCCGGAAGUGUACGGAGGCUGGAACGCGCCGAUCGCGAUCACCCACUCCGCCAUCAUCUACUGUCUUCGCUGCAUGAUCAACGCCGACAUGCCUCUCAACCAAGGCUGCCUCGCCCCCAUCAACAUCGAAGUCCCCUCCCCGAGCAUCCUAUCACCCACCAAAUCCGCCGCCGUCGUCGGCGGAAACGUGGUAACCUCCCAACGAAUCACCGACGUCGUCCUCAAGGCCUUCCGCGCCUGCGCUGCCUCCCAAGGCUGCUGCAACAACCUGACCUUCGGCACCAACUCCAAGACCGACCCCGAAACAGGCAAGACAAUCCCCGGCUUCGGAUACUACGAAACCAUCGCAGGAGGCAGCGGCGCCGGCCCGACCUGGAACGGCGAGUCCGGUAUCCACGUCCACAUGACCAACACGCGCAUCACCGACCCCGAGAUCCUGGAGAAGCGGUACCCAACUCUGCUGCGCCAGUUCACCCUUCGCGAGGGAUCUGGCGGCAAGGGCGACCACCCCGGCGGCGACGGCGUGGUCCGCGAUAUCGAGUUCCUGUCGCCCAUGGAGGUGUCCAUCCUCUCGGAGCGUCGGGUCUACCGCCCGUACGGACUCGAGGGCGGCGAGGACGCACAGCCGGGGUUGAACCUGUGGGUCACUAAAGAUGUCGACACGGGAGCGGAACGUGUCGUGAAUAUUGGUGGCAAGAACACGGUCUCGAUGAAGACGCACGAUCGCAUCGUUAUCAACACUGCUGGCGGUGGUGGUUGGGGUGCUGCUGCCUCUGCAUGAAUUAUGACCUGGCGUAUGGGGCUUGCGUAGGCAUGGAUAUAUGCGGCUAAUUUCAAGUAAUUUAACGGUUUUUACCGGAUUUUUCACACACUCUCAUCCGAUCUCAAUUAUCUUACUUUCCUGUCUAUCUACAUCGCUGUGAUCUACACCCAGUCCUGUAUACAGACUUGGCCUCCAUCUGAAUAGAUAUAUAUUGC